UACGAUAUGAGAGUAUAGUCUUAUCUAUUUGACAAGGAAUACAGAUCUUGGUCGAAUAAGAUAGGCGCUCCUUAUAUUCUCUUCGCUUCCCACGCACCUUUCCGUUAUCUCUCGAUCUGCCCCUCCUGAACUUGCCGGGGGAGGUAAUGAUCAAGGCACAUGCAACCCGCCACCACGGGACCGGAUUCGGAGGUAACUUCAGUUCAGUAAUGGACGUCCAUAUUGCUAUUUUGUCCCAGUGCCCAUGCUGGCCAAUUAUCGUAAUAUCCCCCCCGAGGGUGCCGAAUCGGAAAAGAGAUCCGCUCCACCGGACGGGAUGAUACGCGAUGCCUAUAUGUAAUCGCGCUACCCUGGUCGAUGGCGUGCUGAUGGCGUGCGACACCAGAACCACCACGAUUGGUCCGUACCGGACUGCUAUUGAUCGUAGUUAAGUAGCAAGUAUUCCAUUGUCCCCGAUGAUUUAUAAGUUAAGGAACUUUACUGUAUAUUAAUAAUGAUCGGAGUAUUUUAAGAGUACUGGCACCAUUCACUAGAAAAAAGACCAGCUAUCUCCGUAUCCGCUUGGGACUACCGAUACAUCGAAAGGACGGCUAGGAAUGGGAGAUUUUGGCAUAAUUAGGAGAAAGAAGGUUACUGUUGUGGUGACUAUGGCGGAUACACGGCCUAGGUAUGCGCUAACUAGCAGGAACUCGUGGAAGACUGUUCGUACUCUGUUGAGGAGGAUAAGGACGAAAUCGAAUCUCAACCCAAAUGAAAAGUCACAUUCGGCAGCGAUACAGGGCAUACGGAAAGAUUCUACCCCCACGACGACAGACGAAUCUGCCAAUGUUUCAGUUGCCGAAUUCACGAUACCUGAAAAGCAAAAAGCGCUGGUCGUCGCCCGUAAGGGAGAAUACGAGAUUCGUCAUGACUUCCCUAUGCCGAUAGUCGGAGAUGACGAGAUAAUGAUUCGAAGUCACUACGUGGGCUUGAAUCCCAUCGACUGGAAAUCCGUUGAUUAUAACUUCUGCUUGCCGGAAUUUCCAUGGGUCACUGGCCGAGAGAUGUCCGGGGUAGUAGCUCAAGUCGGCUCCGCCGUCAAAACUUUCAAGGAGGGUGACUCUGUGUGGACUAGCACAUACUAUAAGGAUGUCCGUGCUGGCUGCUUCCAGGAGUUUGUUGUCGUGCCCUCACACACCGUUCUUCCCAUCCCGUCCAACAUACCUUUCGAGGCAGCCGCCUGCUUAGGAGUUGCAGCCUUGACAGCAUCUAUGACCUUGUGGAAGUGGCUGGGCGUGCCGGCUCAAAGGCUUGGUGCAGACGAGGCAAGCGGGGAGUGGCUCUUAGUCUGGGGUGGUUCAACCGUCACAGGACAAUUUGCCACACAAAUAGCGAAUUUGAGUGGGAUUAAAGUAAUAACUGUCAACUCAACAGAGACAAAGUCGUUAUCGGAACGCUUAGGCGCGAACCACGUAGUCGUGCGAGAUGGCAAGACGGACGAACAGGUGGUGGACGAGAUUCGAACCAUCACCGCCGGCGGAAUCACGCGAGCAAUCGAUUUGGUAGGGCCGAAGACGGCAGCACUAGCAUUGGAUGCCGUAUCGAAGGAUAAGCCUGUCCAUUUUGCACCACUAGCUAUGAUGUCGAAUUCUCAAACAGUCCCGGAGAAUGUCGUGGUGCACACAGUCGAGAUGAAGCAAUUUGUCCUCGACAAGAGCAAUGUUCGCUAUACUGAAGAGCUUGGUAAACUUUUAGAGGAUGGCAAAAUCGUUUUGCCUGAGCUACAUUUGAUCGAGGGAGGACUACACUCGGUCGUAGGAGGUCUGGAGAUGCUGAAGAAAGGAAAUUUAAAAGGUAAGAAAUUAGUGGUACGGAUGUAAUGGAAGUACAUUUCGAGACUGUUCCUCGGAAGUGGAAGAGGUCUUCACUGGGGUUCUGUGGAUGCAUGAACAUAUAUGAUUAGACGAGCAUAGAAAAGGCGUUCUGGAGGUUUCACUCCUUUGGUCAUUGUACACAAUAGAUCUACCCACAGUAUAAAGACAAGAGAUUGCUUGUUCUCAUUAUUAGGCGGAAUUGGUAUCUAAGAGUAUAAUGUAAAUAAUAUAAGCCAUUAUCAGGUCAAGUAUAGAUACC